AUGUCGCAGGAGUGCAGCGAUGAGUGGGAGCUGAGCAAAGAGAACGUGCAGCCCCUCCGGCAGGGCCGCAUCAUGGCCACCUUGCAAGAGGCGCUGGCGCAGCAGGAGACUUCCACCCACACGGCCCUUCAGCUCAAAAAACAAGAGUUUGAAUCAGAAAUACGAUUUUACUCUGGAGAUGAUCCACUGGAUGUCUGGGACCGGUACAUCAAAUGGACAGAGCAAACUUUCCCCCAAGGCGGAAAGGAGAGUAAUCUCGCAGCAAUAUUAGAACGGGCAGUGAAAGCCCUCAACGAACAGCAGCGAUACUACCAAGAUCCUCGCUGUCUUAGUAUCUGGCUCAAGUUUGGAAACUAUUGUAACGAGCCCUUGGAUGUGUACAGUUACCUGCAUAGCCAGGAAAUUGGCACAACACUGGCACAGCUCUACAUUGCUUGGGCAGAAGUACUUGAGGCUAGAGGAAGCUUUAAGAAAGCAGAUCUGAUAUUCCAGGAAGGUCUUCAGCGCAAGGCUGAGCCGUUGGAGAAACUCCAGUCCCACCACAGGCAGUUUCAGACCCGUGUUUCUCGACAGACGCUUCUGGGGAUUGAGGAAAGUCCUGAUGAAAAUGAUGCGGGUCUUCUGGAAGCUGCAGAACCUCAGAGAAACACGUUGGCAGAUCUGAAAGGCAGGGGAAAGAAAAAAGUGAGAGCCCCAAUCAGUCGCGUAGGAGAUGCACUUAAAGCCACAAAUCGAAACAGAAGCUUCCAGCCUCUAGCUUCUCAGCAGCUUUCGAAUAAUCCAGGUUUUGCUGUGUUUGAUGAAAAUUCAGCUUCUGGACCUGAGAUUCCCAUACUUACACCGCAGCCAUGGACAGCACCUCCAGUUCCAAGGGCCAAGGAGAAUGAGCUAAGUGCAGGACCUUGGAAUUCUGGCAGGCGUCCUCGCAGCAGUGCAAAUUUUGGUACAGAAGUGCCCUGCCCACUGCCCAACUUCACCCCGUACGUAGAAGAGUCAGCUCAGCAACAAGUCAUGACUCCCUGCAAAAUUGAACCCAGCAUAAACCGUGUGUUAAGUGCUCGCAAACCUGAGAAAGAGGAGGACCCACUACAGCGAGUGCAAAAUCAUCAGCAGGACACUCAAGAAAAGAAAGAGGUGGUGAUGUACUGUAAAGAUAAAGUUUAUGCUGGUGUCGAAGAAUUUUCCUUGGAAGAGAUCCGAGCUGAAAUCUACAGAAAGAAAGCGAAAAAGAAAAGCGAAGAAGAGAUGGAGGCCAUAGCACAGAAGAAGGAAGAAAUACAAAGGAAAAUUGAGGAGCUGGAGGAGAAGUUAAAGAAGAAAGAUGACAAGCAGCAAGAACCACGUGAAAGGCCAGCAGAGACAACGGAAGCUGUGCCACCUUUGGGACUGCAAGGAUUUACUUUUUGCAGCGCCACAGAAGUUGGGGAGAAGCAGCCUCAGUUGCAAAGUGAAUUCCAGGUGUCUGAAGAUACUCGACUAAAUAAACCAUCUGUUUCUGAGGAUACGCAAAAGGCAAGCGUGUUUUUAGACUCUGAGGAAGAACAGGAGGAACAGAGAGAUGAGGCCGAUCUUGGAAAAAAAGGUACACGUCUCCUUCCCCCACAAGAUCCUGCUACACUUUUCUCCAUAUUUGAUGAAUCCUCUACUUUGGCAAAUCAGAACACAAGUUGCUCUGCAGAUCGUACACGGAAAAGUGCUCGACGCCCUCUUGCUGUUCGUAAACCUUCCGAUUCUCAAACUGCAAAGGAAAAUGUCCCACCAGAAGCUUGUGAUGAGCUGAAUGGAAUUGAACCUUUGACUGAAGAUGCGAUUGUGACAGGUUCCUACAAGAACAAAACCCUUUGUGCCAACCCAGAGGACACUUGUGACUUCGUCAGGGCUGCCCAUCUAGCCUCAACACCCUUUCAUGGGCUGGUAGCUCAGAGAGUCCCGGCUGCUUCGCAGGGUGACCUGAAGGAAGACUGCCCAGACUCCAAGGAUGCAGCGCCGCUCAAUCAGGAAACUCCGGUCUGCGGGGGAGCGUACAAUGAACCUCUUUGUGUCAAUAAACUAAGCCCGAUCAUGGAAGCAAGCCUGGAAGAUACUCGCUCGGCAGGUUCUUCAGUCUCCUCGGGAUCUUCUCUUUCCUCUGUUACGCAAAUAUCUACUAUUAAAGAGCUGCAUAUCCCUGAGAAACUGGAACUUGCUCAGAGCUUGCCUGCUGAAAAGGUUACUGAAUCUGGAGGUGAUGGCGUCAUGCAGUUUCCGUGGAGUGCUGAACAGCGUAAAAAGCUUUUGGAUCCUAUGCCGGAAUCCUUGACUGCUUCUCCAGAUUUUCAUUUGGAGGCUGGCUCUCUGCCUGUCAUGGUGUUGGAGAAAGAUGUGGAGCUGGGAAAUGAGGCUUACUGUAUCAAACGGGAGUACUGGACCAACGAAGAGUACAAGAUGUUUUUUGCCAUUCCAGCUAACUUUCCCCAGUUGGAUGCAAAGGGAUUUGCAAUGAAGGUGUAUUCUCAGCCUGUGCCUUGGGAUUAUUAUAUCACACUUCAGUUAGAGGAGCGUUUGAGCGCUGAUUUUGACCAAAGCUUCAGUGAGAGUUGCAGCUGUUACAUGUACCGAGAUGGCUGUGCUAUUCUGCACAGGGACAUCAACCGCUUCACGCUUGGGGAUAUUAUUCGUGGCUGUAAAUCCAUCACGGAGGAAGUUAUCCUGCUGAUUGUUUAUAAUCUUCUGGGUGUGGUAGAGAAGCUUCACAAAGCAGAGAUUGUCCAUGGAGAUCUGAGUCCAGAGGUGUUCUUUCUGGGAGACAGGAUCUGUGAUCCGUUCGCUAAUGACGAGAUGGCAAGAGCUCUGAAGAUAGUGGAUUUCUCUCACAGUCUAGACUUGAGAUUACAGUCUCAAGUAAGUUUGCCCAACAGCUUUCCCAUAUCUCAGACCCCUCAUGGAAAACAGCUUCUGGCAAAAAGUUCUCUUCCUUAUCAGGUAGAUUUGGUUGGUGUUGCAGACAUAGUCCAUCUGAUGCUGUUUGGGGAUCAUGUCCAGGUCUAUCAAGAGAAUUCCAUCUGGAAAAUCAGCCAAAACGUAUCAAAGACUGUUGACAGUGAUUUCUGGAGUAAACUUUUUGGGAGAAUUCUGAAUGCAGAUGGUAAGUCCACAGUGCCUCUGCUGGGAGAGUUAAGAGAGGAAAUAAGUGACAUGUUUGACAGCUCUUUCCACGAACGGCUCUGUGAAUCCUUAGCUGCACUGGGAGAAACCUUCCUCUCGGAGAACUUGCUGUGAUUUUGUAGAGGACAAAUACAUUUCUGUAUUAUAGA